CUAUGCAGCCUAUCAAUGUCAGGGUAAAYAUUUUUUUCAGAUACAUGUGCAUUGUGGUAGCAAAUGACAUUUUUYUUAGUGAUUGUAUGAAAUCAUCCCCUCUCCUUGCUUUGGAGAGCUGGCCCCAUAGUUGCAUUGCAAAGCAGGGAAUGCCACGUGGGCAAAUUUCUGCCUCUUGUGACAGAUUUGACAAAUUACCUCACAGCAAAGUCUCCGACACCACUCGUGGAGGCUCCAGUUGUCUGCUUGCACUACUGAAGUUUAUUCAAGUUUGCCUUUUGCGCUUGUGUUUAGUGUUGUCCCACCUUUUCACUAUUUGCUGUCAUUAUUUGGUCUUGAGAUUUACUUGUAGUAACAUUUUACAAUAUUUAUUUUUUCUUUCAAAGAUUUUCAGUCUCGAUCUUGGAGGUAUAUCUGCGAUUGUACUGAAUGGCUACGAUGCCGUAAAAGAAUGCCUUGUCCAUCAAAGUGAGAUUUUUGCGGACAGACCAUCUCUUCCUUUGUUUAAGAAGCUGACAAACAUGGGAGGCUUACUGAACAGUAAAUAUGGCAGAGGAUGGACAGAACAUCGCAAAUUAGCUGUAAAUUCCUUCCGAAUUUUUGGAUACGAUCAAAGGUCCUUUGAACACAAAAUUUCAGAAGAAGCCGUGUUUUUCCUUGAUGCCAUUGAUACGUACAAAGGCAAACCGUUUGAUCUCAAGCACUUGAUAACAAAUGCCGUUUCAAAUAUUACUAACUUGAUAAUUUUUGGAGAACGUUUUACAUACGAAGACACUGAAUUCCAGCACAUGAUUGACAUUUUUAGUGAAAAUGUUGAAUUAGCUGCUAGUGCUUCUGUGUUUUUAUAUAAUGCUUUUCCUUGGAUUGGUAUCUUGCCCUUUGGGAAGCACCAGCAGCUGUUUAAAAAUGCCGCAGAAGUCUAUGACUUUCUUCAUAAGCUCAUUGAGCGUGUCUCUGAAAAUAGGAAGCCUCAGUCGCCUCGACAUUUUGUAGAUGCGUAUUUAGAUGAGAUGGAUUGCAAUGAAAAUGAUCCAGAAUCUACAUAUUCAAGAGAAAACUUAAUUUUCUCUGUUGGAGAACUCAUCAUAGCUGGGACAGAAACCACCACAAAUGUUUUAAGAUGGGCAGUGUUAUUUAUGGCUCUAUAUCCAAACAUUCAAGGACAAGUUCAAAAAGAAAUCGAUUUAGUCAUUGGCCCCAACAAAAUGCCUGCUCUAGAAGAGAGAUGCAAAAUGCCGUACACCGAGGCUGUCCUGCACGAGGUUCUGAGGUUCUGCAACAUUGUCCCGCUGGGCAUUUUUCAUGCAACUUCUAAAGAUACUGUUGUGCGGGGCUAUUCUAUUCCCGAGGGCACUACAGUCAUUACCAACCUCUACUCUGUUCACUUUGAUGAAAAAUACUGGAGCAACCCAGAAGUGUUUUUUCCUGAGCGCUUUUUGGACAGCAGUGGGCAGUUUAUCAAGAAAGAUGCGUUUGUUCCUUUUUCACUAGGAAGACGACACUGUCUCGGAGAGCAGCUYGCCCGAAUGGAGAUGUUCUUGUUCUUCACUUCCCUGCUGCAGCGAUUUCACCUGCGCUUCCCUCCGGGCUCGGUCCCAGACCUGAAGCCCAGGCUGGGGAUGACCCUGCAGCCCCAGCCCUACGUGGUGUGCGCCGAGCGGCGGUGAAGGGCGAGCGGCUCCGCGCGGGCCGCCGCGCUCUGGGGCUUGACCUCGC